AUGCCCAAACGAAUUGUAAAGAACUGUCGGUUUCAGUCAGUUACCAGGUGUGUUACAAUUCCCAUUAAAGUCAACGGGAAGGCUCCUGACUGGCAGAUAGCUACUCUGGCUUUGCUGUUGGGCGGUGCUGCCAUCAUUCUCAUAGCUUUCCUGGUUGGGUUGAUCUCUAUCUGCGUGGGGUCUCGGAGGCGGUUCUACAGACCAGUUGCAGUCAUGCUCUUUGCUGCAGUUGUUCUUCAGGUGUGCAGCUUAGUCCUUUACCCAAUCAAGUUCAUCGAAACGGUCAGCUUGAAAAUAUACCAUGAGUUCAACUGGGGCUAUGGCCUGGCUUGGGGUGCAACUAUAUUUUCAUUUGGGGGUGCCAUUCUUUAUUGCCUGAACCCUAAGAACUAUGAAGACUAUUACUAGAAUCAUUUAAUGAAAAGAAAAAUAACAAAAGGAUUACCCCAUCUUUUCUAGCUCACAGUUUUUUUAGAACACUUGUGGAGCACCAAACAGUCUGCUCUGUUGAUAAAAUAGCCUUUGCCUUUUGGGUGUGAACACUAUAACCAGCUUUUACAACCAUUUAAAAGAACCGCAAACACUAGGAUUGCUGAUCUUACGUAGGCAGAUGCUGCAAGCUGCUGAUACACAAGCUUCAUUUUUCCUGACAACAAGCAAAAGGAUCUACGUGACAGCGAUCAUUGUGAGAAAACUAGUUGGAAUGAGAAUGCAACGCCAGCAUCUGCUAUUGCCUUCAGGGGAGCAGCUGGUAUAGGCUCCAUUUAGAAGUUUCCCUGCAUCAUAGAGGAUUCAAAUGUCUGAUAAGCAGGCAAUGGCAUCUUGUACAAUAGGCUGUGUUGGCCCCUUGUUACUUGCUCAAAAAAGCUCUUAAGGAAUUAGUUGCAAGUGACUGUGUUGAGGGCAGUGACUGUAACUGGUUAAUGACUUGUCCAAUAUCUGCAUUCAACAGUCUUCUGGGAGAAUAAUAAUAAAAAAAAAAAAACAAGCCACCAACCACACAGGAUUUCAUGAAUUGGUAAAUGACAUCACCGUGCCAGCUGUAGCAGAUUGUUGAAGGAAGUCCAAACCCGGAGACAUGUGCUUCUGACUGUGUAGUUGGAAGCUGUCUCAGCUCUGAGUAUUUUGCUGGGAGGGUGGAGAUAAGGGGGAGUAGAAAACGACCUCAUCUGUCCCCGAGGCAUCUAAAAUGCAUGAAUGAAUUGCAGUUGUCCUAAGUACCCAUUUAACUUCCGAACAUCGUCAUGAAAAGAGUGCAUAUGGAACAAGUUCAGUUAUAUUUUUGAAAGGUAUUUGUUAGUAUAAAUGAAUAUAUAUAAUACAAAUAUAAAUGCAGAGGGAGAGAGACGAUUCAUCUUAAAAUUGUAAUAUGAGCUGUGAUGCAGUGGUUAAAAUACUAACUUUGUACGCAUUCUUGAGAGUCUUGGAUUGAUACCCCAAUUUUGGUUGGUGUUACAAAAUAAACAUAAAAUGGUUUGUCUUCUGUAUAUGCCCUUGUACAGACUCUGUGUUACGGGAAAUGCUUAAAAGUUCACAUCAAUUUAAGGUAGAACUGGACAAAAUAACUACUUGCUAUUCCAUGUGUAAUCUAGUACUUACUAAAAAAUGUUUUCUAAGGCUGUUGCAAAGACAAAACUGCCAUUUUUUUAAAAUCUAGUUAGGUUGUGAGUGUCUCUGAUCAUCAAGAAUACAGCUGAGACCCCAUCGUGUCCAUAUUAAAACAUUAGCACUUCAGGAGGUAAUCUCUUGUUUUUAAAAGCUGAGUUUAUAAUGGACUGGCUGAUGAUUAUGUAUGUCUAAUUACUCCUUGCUUAGUAUGUUUCCUACUUAAAACAUCCAGAGACUGUACACAUGAAAUGAAACCCAAGAUAAAAUAGGGAGAACUUUCACAUGAAUUUAAUCCGCAUCACUUUUAUUUUUGUUUACGAUUUGCUUAUUUGGAUAUUUUCAAUUAAUUAUGAACAUAUUUUUAUACAAUUCUAAUCUUUAGAAAUAACUAUUUUUUUUAACGGAGAAAUUUAAAAUAUAUUCUGCGUGGACCUCUGCAAAAGCAGAUAUGCUGGGGCUGCACAUCCACCUCUACACAAAUGGUUUUGCUGGUUCCACGGAAAAGAUUGCUGAAUUACUCGAUGUUAGGACUGCAUCUACAGUGCUAAUGCUUGUGCCACCGUUGACAGGGUGCAGAGGUUCUGCAAUGACCGUGGGACCACAGGACUGCCUUUAGGUGGUUGUUGUGAAAGUACUGCUGACGUACGGAGAUGGUUUCCAAAACUCUGGGGCUUUCUGGAGUUAAAUCUUUAAUACCAUGGCAGCAUUCAUAUCGGCAGCCUUUCCAGGAUCAGUGGUGAUUAAUUAGAUGAGACGGAGCAAAAUGAUAGCUUGACUUGGAAGGGAUUUUAUGGCAAUGCCUGGAGAACAAAAAGGAUGGGAGGAAAAAUUAUGUCCACUUGUUUCACAAGCGCCAGAGAGCGUUUGUAACUCUGCUUUUUUUUCCUGAGACUGACUUAAGGCGGAUAUUCAGUAUAUAGUUAAUUCUGUAUCUUUCUGAACAGCUGUGUAGUUCUGCUUUUAUUUAGCAGCAUGGAGAACAUUGUAGUUUGGCAUGGGAAUUAGGUUAACGUAGAGAAGCCCACUGUGAUAAGAUUUCUGUACCUUUCUAGGAGGAUGGUGUUUUGGUGCUGACAUUGCAUGGCACUUCGCCUAUGCUAACAAGAAGGUACAGUGCUGAACCCAUAUCGUAUCUACUGAUUUAUCAAGUAACUUUUCUUUAUGUAGAGUUUGAGCAAAAACAACUAUCAGGCGUAAGGCAUACGCAAAUUAGUGGCAUGCACUCUGAAAGUCACCCGGCUCUUAAUAUGAAAGACAUUCAGGCAAAAAAAUCUACAAAUGUGAAUGCCUGAAGACAAGGUUCUUCAUUCAUAUUUGAGUCAGAGAUCUGGUUUUCAGUCUCAACACCUGCUUUUCCUCUUGAAGAUAAUGCAAUCUAUUAGGACACACCUCAAACUCCUCAGGUCCUUUGCAUUUGGGCAUCUAAUAUGGGUUUAGGUACCUACCUUUAGCUUAUGUUGCUACUGCCGUUUCUUUUUUUCCCCCUUUACCGUUGCCAGUUUUGGCAAGCAUUCUGUUUCUCAGCACUGAACUAAAAGUAAAUACAACAUUACGCUGAUUUUUUUUUUUCUAGCCACAGAAAGGAUACACAUCUGUGUCUUGAGUGUAUGUAUGACAAAUUAAUCAUUUUGUAUGUUGUGCUUAUGUCAUGCCACCAUUAUUUCAUUUGUUUGGCUUUCUCUCACUGGCAGGAUGAUUCUCUCACACAAAUCCAUUGUUUUUCUUCCAAAUACGUAUGAAUAAAUAUAUAUAUAGCAAACUUGCAAGCAGGGCUAGUUAUUUGUAUUUUUUAAGCUUAAAGUAUACCGUCCGGUGCUGACAAGUACCUAGCACCUCUUCUGGAUUUCUUGCACAACUUCGUUUAGCUUUUGUAAAUUUUAAAAACAAAUAUAGAGAGACCUAUGUGUUUGAAAUAUAAAUGAUAUAUAUGGAUUAGCAUGUAACUGUAUAUUAUUAAACAUGCAAUGAACUGACUGGUAAGUGAAGUCUAAUCUUAUGGCUAGCAAUGUAAUUUAUUCAGACUGUAUUUUUGUACAGAGCAGUGCACACUAACCUAUUGCCUCUGUGUCCUCUAUAAUGCCUAAAACUGUGCCUAGAAAUUUCAUUUCUGUCUUUAAAGGAAAAAAAAAGACAACUAAAUGCUUCAUGUUGUUGAUGGUUUUUCUGAUGUUGUUCUUUAUUUAUUUUUGAGAAGUGUAUGGUAUGUUUGUUAAAUGAAUCCAUCAAAAUAUGGUUCAUUUUAAAUGGUCAUUGUUAGCAGGGAAAGACACGUUUUUUUAUCAAGACUUCUGAGUUUGCAGUUUUAAUAUCAUUUCUGCAUUUCACAAUUUUUGUAGCUUACAUGAAGUUAUAUGUGAAAAAGUAACUGAAAUAAAAAAAAUUGUUACAC